AUGGUCAAACGAGCAAGGGAAGAAGAAUCUGACAGAGAUGCAGUGAGCAAUAUUAACAAUAUUUUGUGUACUGAGCCUCCAUGCAUUAACGAAUGGGUACCUGCGGACUUAUAUCCCAGUCAUGUAGACCUAUUGCAUCAGUACAUUUGUUCAGAAUGUUUCGCAAAUUUGACAAAGGAGUAUUGGUUGAAGCUUCACAUUGAGGAGUGUCAUAAUCCAUUCAAAACUGACAGCAGUCUCCAGUGUUUAGAAGAAGAUUGUCCUGUCGUUUUUACAGACAUUAGCCGUAGGCAUGAUCACUUGAUGAAAAUACAUCAUUAUAGCGAACACUUUAGUAGCGAUUUUAUAAGAACAGGAUAUCUUACAAGAGGAAUAUCAAACCAAACCGUAUAA